CUCCGGCGGAGUGAUACCUCUCCUACAAUGAACAAUCUUUGAGGAAAAACAACUUUCUUCCACCUGACAGAUAACUUCUAGCAUAAACGUUGGAUUGCAAAACGACAAAACUUUCCACAAAAUCCCAAGGUUGACGAAGGUUUUGAUCAACCGGGUUGGUGGAAACAUUCAGGGAAAUUUCCAGGAUUGCUGUGUCUGAAAAUGGCUUCCUUGAGCAAAAGGAGUAGCUACAAACACUGAGGAUAUUUAUAAUUCAACUGGAUAUCUGCUGGAAAUCAAUAAAUAAAUCAAAAUAUACAGUUUCAGAAUGGCUGGGUUAGUCGUGGAUUUAAAUGACAUGGUGGUUUUUCCACCUGAUGGUUCAAAUGGAAAACCUAAAAUAACAGAAGGUGAAAAACAAGAAGACAGUGACACUAGCGCAGAGGAGCUGAAGGAGAGCACAGAUGAGGAGGAGGAAGAAGAAGAAAUGGUGAGAUCUGCUCAUUGUGAGCCGUCCACUUUACCCUGGCCUGGUGACAAACACAGGAGGCUGCUUCUGGAUGAUGGCUUAGGGCCCGAGGAGAAGGACUCUGGGUUGAGUCAGGACCUGUCAGAGGAACGAAGCCAAGCGGACGGAGAUGUGAGGAGCAAAGCGAAGUGGAGGGAGAGCAUGCCUGAGGGUGAGAGGUGCAGGGACGACGAGAUCGAGCUGCGGAGGAACGACAAAGGAGACGGCUCACUGGCCGAUGAUGAGGACGAGGAGGACGAAGGGUGGAUGUCUGAGAAACCUUCUACGGGUUUCACUCCACAUGUCACGAUCGUGUGUCCCACCACCAACGAGCUUCCUGAGGAAGAGCGGUACUUCAAGGAGGAAGAGGAGGAGGAGAAGCGGGAGCUGAACAUGGAGCACAACCCCGCUGCGCAGUUUUACCCCGAGUGGGAAGAUCAGGACGACAAGUACUGUGAGUACAGAGUGCUCUACACACUCCGCUGCUCAUUUUUUGCCAUGAUCCCCAUCAUCCUGGGCGUGUUGGUCCAGGGAAUUGCCCGGCUUCGCUUCAGCGCCCUGAAGCCGCUCUAUCAGGGGAAUCUGGUGGACAAGGAAGUGAUGGUUCACUGGCACUACGUCAACGAAUCGCUGCCUCUCUUCCUCUUCUACUUCCUGCAGCUUGCCGUCAUGGCAACCUAUGUCAGCCAGGACCUUCUUAAGCUGGUGCCGCUGCUCGCCAUCAUAUUUGUUUUUGGCAGGCUGAUCUACUGGGUCUGCCUCGCUCUGGGCAGCAGCAUCAGGGCCUUCGGCUUCAGCUUCUCCUUCCUCCCCAUCCUGGUGAUGCUGGGCGCCAACAUCUACUACGUCUGCGCGGCGGUCGGGCCGGGCUCCGUGUUCGAUGUGGCGCCGCCCGCCACCGAUCCUCCGCCCAAGCUGCGCUGGUGGUUUUAAGGUCUCCAAAACAUGGUGAGAAAAGCAGCUACGACACCUUCAGGAACCUCAGGAAACAUGACGCACUCAGGCAAAUCACACAGACACCUUUUAUAUGUUCCAUCAUUAAGUUUGAGUCUGAUUUAGACUUUUAUGUCUCUGCGGUGGAUGUGUGGCGAGUUAAGCUGCUUGUUUACAAUGAAAACCAACCAAACAAGCUUAGUUUGGAAAUCUGUAAUGACUGUAAGUAAAACCACUGAAUGUACUGAGUUAGAAGGCAAAUAAAUCUUCUGUUCUCCCAAUAAACAUCUACAAAUACGUCUAAUAUUAAUAUUCAGUUAAAAUCCUAAGGAUUAUAAUGUUCACUAUUUAUUCCUGUAUUAACCUUUAUAUCACCCUGCCUGUAGUUAUAUGGUUAUUAGUUAUUAUAUGCAACCAAACUUGCAUGUUUUCUCAGGAUUUUCUAAAGUGUUUACUUAUUAUGUGCCAGUUUUCUGUUAUUAAAGACAUUAAGUUUGUUUUGUUUGGCUCAGAUAAGCUUCAGUGAAUGAUUGAAUGAAACCUUAGUAACAACGUGCAAUUAAAGCCAAUUUAUAACA